GCCGGAGAGGGGGAGCGCCGAGAGCAUGCGGAGGCGGAGGCGCCUGGGCGCGCUCGGCACAGGGCUGUAGUGGGUCUGUCUCCCCGCGGCGGGCGAGAGAGGCGGCGGUGCGCCCUCGCGCCGGCUCCCCAGCCCACCCUGCCCGGGCUCCGGCGCGCUGCGGCUGCGGGCGCGAGGUGCAUGGAAGCGGCGGCUGCGGUGGAGGAGGCGGCGGCUGCCCCAUGGAGUGUUACUACAUUGUCAUCAGCUCCACGCAUCUCAGCAACGGACACUUUCGCAACAUCAAGGGAGUUUUCCGGGGCCCUCUCAGCAAGAACGGGAACAAAACUCUGGAUUAUGCUGAGAAGGAGAACACCAUAGCAAAAGCUCUGGAAGAUCUGAAGGCCAACUUUUACUGUGAACUCUGUGACAAGCAGUACUAUAAGCAUCAAGAGUUUGACAAUCACAUUAAUUCCUAUGACCAUGCUCACAAGCAGAGGCUCAAAGAACUGAAACAAAGGGAAUUUGCUCGAAAUGUAGCAUCUAAAUCCAGGAAAGAUGAAAGAAAACAGGAAAAGGCACUCCAACGCCUGCACAAGCUGGCCGAGCUAAGAAAGGAAACUGUGUGUGCUCCUGGAAGUGGCCCCAUGUUCAAGUCAACAACUGUUACUGUGAAAGAAAAUUGUAAUGAAAUUUCCCAAAGAGUUGCUGUGGAUUCAGUUAAUAACCAGGAAGAUUUCAAAUAUACUUUGAUUCAUAGUGAAGAGAAUACUAAAGAUGUUACCACUGUUGCUGAAGAUCCAGAAAGUGCAAAUAAUUAUACAGCAAAAAAUAGCCAACUUGGGGAUCAAGCCCAAGGAAUUCACAGACACAAAAUUGGCUUUUCUUUUGCAUUUCCAAAGAAAGCAGCAGUGAAGCUGGAGUCCUCAGCUGCAGCCUUCUCUGAAUACAAUGAUGAUGCCUCUGUGGAAAAAGGAUUUAGCAGAAAAAGUAGAUUUGUCCCUGGUACUUGUCAUCUUCAACUAUCUUCACCAACAGAUGUGCUUUUGAGUUCUGAGGAGAAAGCUAACUCUUUUCAUCCACCAGAAGGAAUGUGCACUGAGAAAGAAACUGCUCAAACUCAAGAGAUGAAAGAAGUUUCUAGUGAAAAAGAUACAUUUUUAUUACCUUCAUUUUGCCAGUUUCAACUCCCUUUAUCUUCUGAUGCAGAUAAUUGCCAAAAUUCAAUCCCAUUAGCAGAUCAAAUGCCACUGGGCGAUGUUAUUAUUAAUGAAGGCAUACCUAUGAGUGAUAACAGUUCCAAAUUGUUAGGAAAUAAAUCCACAGUUCUCGAUAUAGCUAAUGAAUGCAUAUCUUUGCAAGCUAUCACAGAGGAAAAUGUUAAGGACCAUGAUACAUCUAUAGUUGAAGCUGACAAUAAAAAUUAUGGUCCUGAGAUGUUGGCCCCUUCAAAUUCUGAAGAGGAAAAUAUAACCUUCCAUAAAAAAAAAGAUUUAUAUAAAAGACCAUGUGAGCCAUUUGUACCCGUACUUAACAAAGAUGGAACCACAAUUCUUCAGUGGCCAUCAGAAAUGCUGAUUUAUACAUCGACUCAACCAUCAAUUUCCUAUAGCUGUAACCCUCUCUGUUUUGACUUCAAGUCCACUAAAUUAAACAACAAUCUAGAUAAGAAUAAGCUGCCCUUAAAUGGUCUUUCUUCUCAGCAGAAGGGAGAAGACAUUUGCAAGAGACCAGUUUCAGAAUGCAAGGACACACCUAUUGUAGGACUCACUGAUUAUGACACUGGAGGCAGCAGAAAUCAAUGCACCCAGGUCAUUCCUCUUUUGGUUGGUGGUACUCUUUCCAAUACCUGUAAUUCUGGAAAAAAUGGGAAUAUGGGUCAGAGGUAUAAAAAUAUUUCCUGUAGGAUCAGAAACACAAAAAAAUACAAUUUUACUAAAUGUCAAAUGAAACAGGGCACUCUAGAUGAGAAAUAUCACAAAAUAAGAUUGAAAGAUACUCAUGAACACUGGUUCCAUAAAAGUAGAAGGAAGAAAAGAAGAAAAAAGUUAUGUCAGCACCAUCAUGGGGAGAAAACCAAAGAGUCGGAAAUUCACUUCCAAAUGGAAACGGAAAACAGUUACACUGAUAUAACUAGGAAGAAUCUACUGGAAACAAUUUCAGAAAAGCAGUAUUUAGCUGCAGGGCAAUUAUUAGACUCACAACAAUUACCUGAUAAAAGGCCCAAACCAUCAUCCAUAUACUUAAGUGAAAAUGAAGAAAUGUGUAAAGCUCAAAACACUGAAAAUGAUAGCAAUGACGCUAACAGUUCUAAAAACCACUGUACAAAGAGCUCAGUUGUUUUCAGUGAACAAUCCAAUCCAACAGUGAUACAGUCUGGAAAACAUAAUUUAACUUACUCCAGAACUUACUGUAGUUGGAAAGCCAAAAUAUCCGGCUGUAGUCAGGAUCACAGAUGCCUAGUUCUUCAAAACGACAUGAGCUGCCUGAGCCAGAACCAGGCUGUUAAAAGAGGUUAUAAUUCUCUCAUUAAUGAAUCAGAAAGAUUCCAUCGAAAACGUAGACAACAUUCAUAUUCUUAUUCUUCGGAUGAAAGUUUAAAUCGACAGAAUUAUUUACCAGAAGAAUUCUUGAGGCCCCCACGUGCUUCCGCUCCCUGCAAGCCUAAAAGGAAACGGAGGAGAAAAAGAAGCAGAUUCCACAUCGGGUUUGAAGCUUUGGAACUCAAAGAGAACACAGAUCAUCCCAAGAAGGGCAAUUCUUCCUUAUGUCACCAGGAGGAGUUAGUAAGUGAAGACAAAACAGGGGACGUAAAACCACAAGAAGUUGCGAAUGCUGAGAAGAACUCAGAAGAAGCAGAGGGAGAAGAAAACCAGGCGACUUUGCCCCUGGGUGGUCCCCUUCCUCCUGAAGCCGGUGGUGAGGCUGCGCAAUCAGUGCUGGAGACACCUUCUGGGGACUCGAGGGACAUCUCCCACCCACGCGCCACCUCUGCCUACCACGUAGCCAGUGCCGCAACAAAAGAAGAAGUUGGCAAUACCUUGCUGCAACAGAAAGAAAGAGGUGAGGGUAUAAAUAUUCAUGAAAAGCAAAUUCCUUUCAAGGUGCCUAAUACCGACAGGAACUUCAGACAGUCGCAACCGAAAUCGUACCUCUGCCAUUACGAACUGGCAGAGGCCCUUCCACAAGGAAAGGUGAACGAGGCCUCGACCGAGUGGCUGCGUUUCAAUUCGGGAAUCCUUAACACACAGCCACCAUUACCGUUCAAGGAAGCACAUGUCAGCGGUCACACCUUCGUAACGACGGAGCAAAUCCUGGCUCCAUUAGCUCUGCCGGAUCAGGCGCUGCUGAUCCCCAUAGAAAACCACGAUAAAUUCAGAAAUCUGCCUUGUGAGGUCUACCAGCACAUCCUCCCGCCCAACAUGCUGGCCAACAAGGUCAAGUUUACUUUUGCUCCGGCCGCCCUCCCCCCGCCCAGCCCGCCUCUGCAGCCUCUACAGCCUCUGCCUCUGCAGCAGCCCUUCUGUUCUACCUCUGUAACCACUCUGCACCAUGCGGUUCUGCAGCAGCACGCGGCCGCCGCCGCGGCCGCCGCCGCCGCCGCCGCGGCCGCAGGAACCUUCAAAGUGCUUCAGCCCCACCAACAGUUUCUUUCCCACGCCCCAGCUCUCACCAGAACAGCGUUACCUCAGAUCUCAGUGGGACCGGUCGGACCAAGGCUUUGUCCUGGGAACCAGCCAACUUUUGUGGCUCCUCCCCAGAUGCCAAUCAUUCCAGCUUCCGUUCUUCAUCCUAGCCACCUGGCUUUCCCACCUUUACCCCAUGCCCUCUUCCCUUCACUGCUUGCCCCACACCCUACUGUCAUCCCACUGCAACCCCUGUUCUAGUCCUCGCCAUGAAAGGGAGAGAAAAUGUUCACGUGAAACCUAUUGCAAUCUGCGUCAACGCUCAUCUAAGUGGAUAAUUGCCUAUUGAAAUGGUGGAAAUAAACUAGCCAAACUAUGGCCUUGUUGAUAGGAAAUCAUUUACUGUAAGUGUAAUGAUGCAAAUAAAUUAUUAAGUUUCUGAUAUAUAAUAUUAUUAAGGCACUGAAUAGUUUGAAAACCAAUACAAUAUACGCUGUACAUUAAAAUGGUGUCUUAAGAGUAUGUAUAAUGUACAUAAGAUAUAUUUAUAGUACUGUAAUUUAUGUUGUAAAGUAUGCUCCUUGGUUUUUUUUAAAUCUUUGUGUAUUUGCACCUAUUUAAUGUUUAGACAAAGCUGAUGGCACUACGUUUUGUACCAUGUUCCUUGAAACUGUAAAUUCAGUGAAAUAUAUCUCUUGCAAUAAAUUUUUGUUAAGUAUUUAAGUAACUCAAACUUUGUUUUAGUUCGUUUUCGCUGUUUUGGGAAUGUACAGUAACAGUAGGUUUUGGAUUUACAUUGUUUCUUCUGUCCAUUGGCAUCUCUGAACCUCAGAGGCUCAAGAGAAUAUCUUCGGAGUCCACCAAUACUUAAACUGUGAUAUCAUCUUUCAGAAUAAUUAUAAUAACAGCUCCAUUUGUUUUUUCUGUUUGUUCUAAUGCUGCUUAUACUCAGAGUUUACUAUAUUUCCUGAACAAUUGGCCCUCUAGUCAAUAAACCAUUUUUGUAAAAGUAAUGUCAGUAUUGGGGAGAGGGAUAACUCAAAAAAAAUGCAAAGUACAUAGUAUUCUUUCAGGAACUGUAAAAUAGCACUAGUGGACAAGAAAUAGCAAAUAACCAAUAUAAAUUCUUAUAACAUCUUUGUAUGUUAAAGUUCUCAAAUGUAUUAUGUUUACUUUUAAUCGUUGCAGGAAAUAUAUGUAUAUAAUAAUAUUGGCAUGGAUUAAGGAAUGGGUUUAAUUAAUAAAUCACUAUCCAUAUAUAACAUCUUGGGCAGAAUGGCGUAAACACAAUCUGUAUCUGGAUAUACUCUUAAUUGAGAAUCUGGAAGUGGGAAGGAGAGUAAAUAAAUGGCUCUUCCUUCUGCACAUC